AUGAAUCUUAAUGGCAACGAAGCCUCCACCAUGGUAGGACGAACUUGGAAAGAUGACAGUGGCAACUACGAAGUAGCCCUAGAUGUGAUGCACACCCUUCAUUGUGUGAACAAAAUCAGAAAGGCCCUGGACCCGGAGUACUACCAUGAAUCAGAGAGCCCCAGGAUCCAUAGGAUGCACGUCGACCACUGCCUCGACUAUCUCAGGCAGACAUGCCUUCCGAGAUAUUUCUAG